AUGGCUAUCCCUACAGAAGCACUAUACCUGCACGACGCCUCUCUGCGAGCUCUGACAACAGAGAUUGUGUCGUAUCAACCUAUCUCAUCACUUCCAGAAGAUGAGAAAGGGCUAGCAAAAAAUUUCGGCUCAGAUGAAUCAGCUAUGACAACGCGCCAAACAAUUCUGUACCCACAAGGAGGUGGACAACUCAGCGACACUGGCACCAUCACAGUCGCAAACCAAGAGCCUAGCUUCACAGUGUCCCUGGUCCGCAAGGCGCAAGACGGCACAAUUAUCCAUUUUGGAAAGCCCAGCAAUGGCGAUUCGUCAUCUUUUUCCAAGGGCCAGAUUGUUGUACAGAGGGUUGACGGUGCCAAACGGGACUACCAUUCUCAACUGCAUACGGCUGGUCAUAUUAUCGGCGUGGCGAUGGAGAUUCUCAUGCCGCAUAUGAAAGAGGUCAAGGCCAAUCAUACGCCUAAAGAGGCGGGUAUGGAAUAUGAGGGAUUGCUGUAUAACGAACAUAAGCCGGUGAUUCAGGCGAAGAUUGAUGAGUUGGUUCAGCAGGAUCUGCCUGUUAUUAUCUCAUGGCUGGAUGCCGGCACGGUUGUUGAUGAUCGUGCUAAGCCAGGCGAUGGUCCUGUUCGGAUGGUUAGUAUUGGUGGGCUUGAUCAGAGUCCCUGUGGUGGUACUCAUGUUGAGCGGACUGGUCUAGUUGGCUCUAUCAGUAUCCGGAAGAUUACUAGGAAAAGUGGGAUUAGUCGGAUUUCAUAUGAGGUAAAAUAG